GGAGUGAACAGAGAUGGUCUGAGCCUUUGCUGUUUCUUUUAGUUUGUUUCUGAGUCUGAGAUGCAUCUUGAGGGUUGCCCUUAAUGAGGUUGAUGAGGGGCACAGAUCAGGUGACUAGGAAAAGAUUUUUUUCCCUAGGGUGGGGAAGUUCAAAACUUGGGGCGGUAUGUUUAAGGCGAGAGGAAAAAAAAAAUUUAAAACGGACCUGAGAGACAAAGUCUUUUCACACAGAGGGUGCUUCGUAUGCGGAAAUGAACUGCCAGAGGAAGUGGUGACUACAGGUACAGCUACAACAUUUAAGAUCAGUAAGGAAACCAGCUUCUUCUUGGCCCAGUGGCUUCAGGCAGCUGAUGCUCAUCCCCGUCAUAUCUUUGAGUAACCGCCCAGCCGAUCAGUCCAUGACCUCUCAGCUGCCACUAUAGUAACCGUCCAGCGUUCUCUAGCUGUGCUGUUCAUUUCGGUCUUAUUUCCACUUUUAGACACUGGGCCACAGCAGCAUAGGGCUCAGUCGAGGCAUGGCAAUGAACACAAAGGAAAUACAACAUGGUAGUUGGGUUUUCGUGAAAGGCACGAUCCGAUUUCUUUUUAUGGUUGUCAACAACCUGGUUGCAAUUCCAUCUUAUGUUUUGUAUCUCGUAGUUCUUCAGCCAUUGAAACUGAUUAAUAGUAAGUUGUUCUGGCACAUUGAAGGAAUAAUGUUCAAAUGGCUGCUGGCUAUGGUUUCUUCAUGGGGCUGGACAGCAGGCUAUACAGUGGUUGAAUGGGGAGAUGAUGUAAAAGCAAUUACUGAAGAUGAAGCCAUGGUCUUAGUGAAUCAUCAGGCAACAGGUGAUGUCUGCACCCUCAUGAUGUGCCUUCAAGACAAAGGAACGGUAGUUCGCCAAAUGAUGUGGCUAAUGGAAUACAUCUUCAAGUUUACAAACUUUGGUGUUGUCUCUCUUAUCCAUGGGGAUUUCUUCAUUCGACAGGGUAAAGCUCAUCGUGACCAGCAGCUGAUUCUUCUCCGAAAACAUUUAGAAAAACACUACAGGAGUCGAGACCGGAAGUGGAUUGUCUUGUUUCCUGAAGGAGGUUUCCUGAGAAAGAGACGAGAAACCAGCCAAUUAUUUGCAAAAAAAAACAACUUACCGUUUCUAAAACAUGUAACUCUACCACGGCAGGGAGCCACCGAAGUUAUCCUGCAAACUCUUUGUACACAGCAUGAAAAUGGAGCUGUUGGUGAUGCUAAUGGAGCAGUGGAAAAACAAAGAGGCCUCCAGUGGGUUAUAGAUAUUACCAUCGCAUAUCACAAAGCAAAGCCAAUAGACAUUCAGACUUGGAUAAUUGGCUACAGAGAACCAACAGUCACACAUGUACACUACAGGAUCUAUCCCAUUAAGGAUGUUCCAAUAGAGAGUGAGGCACUAACUAAAUGGCUUUACCAGCGAUUUGUAGAAAAGGAUGAACUUUUGGCACAUUUUUAUGAAACAGGAGCAUUCCCUCCUCCCAAAGGUCAAACUGUAGCAACUUCCAGAGCUAUGACCCUUGACCCAUUGUGGCUUUUCCUCAUACAACUAAUGGGAUUUCUUUCUGGCUACAUGUGGUAUAACAUUCUGAAGUAUUUGUAUCACUGCCUGACACUUUGGGAAUUUUGAGAACUAAAACUUUGAAUUUGGACUUGAACCCAAGCACGUAUGUCAGUGUCCAUGUGUGAAUGUAAAUGUUUCUUGAAGGAUGAUAAAAAAAAGGAUGAAGUGGUUACCUGUUAUUUUUCAUCAAAAUUUCUAGACUCAAAUUUAAAAUAUAAAACCAGACCUUCAAGUCUACAACCUGGUGUUAAGGUUUACACGAUCCUUAAGCAUCCUUAUGUUCAGUUAUCCUUCAUAGCCACAAUAUCCUCUUUGAGUGAAAAAAGGUUGGAGAGUGCUUCAGGUUACUGCAGUAAAAACCAUACUGUCACUUCCAGUUGCUUCAGGAGGCAAAAUUGCCAACAUUCAAGACUGUCAGGAGCAAGCUCUUAUCUCCUACCUUUUCCAAAUUAAGAUGACCCUGAUGAGAAACUAGUGAAAUCUGCCACUAUUUUUUUUAUAUAUUAUUGGCAGGGAGAAGUUUGUUUUCAUAGAGGUUAAUUAAUAUACUUUUCGUUUAUUCAUGAGUACUGAUCGAAAGCAACAAUUCUAGUGAUUGUAAGUCAUUAAUUAUGACAUUGUUGACACUUAAAUAGUUAGGAAGGCUGAAAACAAACCUUCAGUCUAUUUCUAGUAUGUAUGACAUGUUGUGAAUAAAGUUUAGUUGAAAUGACCGAAUCAAGUAAUGGAGCCAAUCAUGUAGUAUCUUAGUUAGCGAGACGCUGCUAGUUGUAGUUAGUUCAGGACUAUUACAGCACUACUAUUGAAGAAUAGUCAGACUAUCAGAGAGCAUGGAAAGUAUUUCUUAUAAGAGAUUUCACACAAUGGAUUAGAAAUAUCAAAAAAUAUUUAUAGUUUAAAGUAUAAGCUAAUCUUGGUACCUUUUACUACGCUCCUGUAUUAAAACAGUGAUUCUGGUUGCAUCUUUUAUGUACACGUUCUGUUGUUCAGUUCAAUUGUGUAAUUGUUACUGAUGGUUUGCGUGAAUUGAUGCAGAUGUUUUUAAAUCUUGACCAAUUAAUCUCUUGAUUUGGAAGACGUCUUUGUCAUUGUUCCAUUUUGAUGCUUGGAAAUCAUGAUUUAGUUUUCCAAGAUUUAAAAAAAACCUUGUGUACUAACUAAUUUCUUGAAUUUCAGAAUUUCAGUAAUGCCCAGGCAUUAAGAUUAAUAUUUCACUGCCUAACACUGGAUUUUUGUCAUCCACUUAGAAACCAGAUCCAUUGUUUUUUGGCCAUUAGACCAAGGUAAAAUGGCUCGGGUCAGGGAAAGGAAAAAUGCAUUAUUGUUUAUAGUGUUUUAUGAUUGAAGGUAGACACACUGGUUUAUUUAUGACUUGAGAGUGUUAUAGUUGUCUUAAAAUAGUCCAAAAAUGAUGUAAAAUAUGGGUUGGCAAAUAUUAAAUUGGUAUAUUUUUCAUCCCAUCAGAAAUGAAGGAAAUGUAUUUGCUUAAGUCCUCCUUCCUUCAUAUGUGUCUUAGGAGCCUUGGAGGUAUCAGUUCUCAUGUAUAUUCCUGGGAGCACACGUAAUGGUCCAUUGCUUUGUGUUCCCUUUUGUUUAUCUAGCCUUCCCCCACACCAAGUAUGCAUCCAGUUGGUUAAGCAUGUUCCUACAUUGGCAAAAAAAAGGCAAUUGGCAGCUUUUUCUGAUCUUUACUGCAACCAUACUUGGAUGCAGCAGCCAUCAAAAAGACAAAUACCCUAUUCUGAUCAGCCAGAAAUUUCAAAGGUCUGUUUGAUAAUCAGCAUGUGGACUGGAAAUGAUUAUGCAUUAUUAGUUAAAAUAUUUAAUACAGGAGUUUGGAGCCCCUAACUGGAUGCUGUUCAAAUAGCUUUCUUUUGAAACCAGAAGUUAGAACAGCUUAAAAAUACAGGCGUAUAGGAGAAAAGAACAUUCAGCUAAUUAAGCAUGGUCUAGCAUUUGUUUAAGAUAAAUUCUGCAAUCUAUACAUCACAGAUGCUGUCAUGUUGAGUGCUUUGCACAAAUACAUAAAAUCUGUAAAUGCAAAAUGUGAUCACUCUUUUUCACUCGCCUCCAACCCCUACCUCACUCUCUCUGUAAGGAGACAGCUCUGAACUCUGUAACCUUUAUCAUACAUGUGUUGGCUCUUGGCUACAUUUAAAUACCUAAACUUAAAAAGAGAAAGAAGUACAGGAAUACUGCAUUGACUGUUCUGAAUAUACUGGGCCAUUGUAAAAAAUGAUUUUAUUUUUCAUGUGCUCACUUUCAGUGUUAAUUGUUGAUUGAAUGAACAGUCUGAAAUCCUUAUUUCUUCCAAUUCGAUAGUUGGAUACAAUAGUAAAGCUGAAGCAGGAGCCUAGAUAUCAAAGUAGUGGUAAAAUGGUUGUUGAUAUCUGCUUACGUGCCCUAAGGCGGUACAGUAUUAGCUGUUGACAUGUUGUGAUCAUCAAGAAAGAAAUGUUGGAAUAAUAAUUUCAAGAGUUCUAGCAGGUUAAAUAAUUUUCUCCAUAUCUUAGGUCCUUGUAUGUGUGGUGUGAGGCUCCAAUACAUUUGUAUUUUGUUUUUGAAAUGCAUUUGAAAUUUCUUGACUUGAGAUUAUCUGUUUCAGAAUGUCAAUAUUUCUGCUUUAAGAAGCUUUAAAAAAAGUGUUUUAAAAUGUUUUUAUUAUUACAUCACUUGGCAUAUAUGGGUUUUAUUUUAAAAAUAAAUAAAACUACUUCUGCCAUUUUAAGAUUUAUUAUGAGCAUCCUUAAUGAAAUUCCACUGGAUAUAAUCUUAGGACUGUUUCUCAAUAAUAAGAUUGACGUAACCCAAAACAAUUAAAUUCUUGUGGAAAAAUGACAGUGUAGGGCAGAAAUUGUCAGGACAACUUGCGGAUGAAGGGUCUAGGCCUGAAACGUCAGCUUUUGUGCUCCUGAGAUGCUGCUUGGCCUGCUGUGUUCAUCCAGCUUCACACUUUAUUAUCUUGGAUUCUCCAGCAUCUGCAGUUUCCAUUAUCAUUGCGGAUAUCGCCCCUUUUCCUCUUUGUUUUCAUACAGUAAGCCCACAUUCCUUACAAAUUAGUCAUGUAGCUUACUCCAGCUUCAAAGUCGCAGGAAUCCAAUGCUGACUAAUGUAAAUCAUUUAUCUACUGCUGGUCAAUUUCAAACCAAAAUUGUGAAGACAACAAAAUGGACUAAGAUUUAAGUAAGCAAAAUUUGCUGCCCUUUGCCAUCCCAAUCCCAGUUACACAGUUAUCUCUCCUCGAACAAAAAGGGACCAACAAAAUUUUGAACCACAUUAUUUAAUUUUGCUGAACACUUCAGGUUUGAAUUCAUCCUUCACGUUCUUCUACUGGAGGGGUAACAAGCUUAGGUUUGUUUAUAUGCUGCAUUGGUGUUUUGAGGUCCCACUCCUCUCCUAGUAUAUGAGGACAUUACAAGUCAUAACUUUGAUCCAUCCAGUGCCUCUCCCAUGAAACCUCUACUGUGUGAUUAUACCUGUCUUAGUGUAGGUGCCGGAGUUACUCAAAGGUUGCAAUCUGGAAGUAUAUAGGACUAACAUACAUAGAUAUGUUAAAAUGUAAGAUGCUACUAGGCUAUGCUUUUUCAGAAAAGAAUGAUUGAAAGUUUGCAUUUAAAUUAAUGCUAUAAUCUCCGUCAGGGUAAAUUUUAAACCUUCCAAAUUUUACUGAAUAUCAAUUGCUCACCAAUCCAUCUGUGUUGCUAUCUUGUUUGGGUAAAAUAUAGAGGUGGAAUGUACAGUGGAAAGAGCUCAGCAGUUUCUCAUACAGAGGUCCUGUAACAAGAAGGAAAUUAGUCAUGUAUUUGAUAAUGGUAGGUUCUUCUAAAGUUUUUGAGUGCUUUUUCCAGUUUUGACUUUAAACAGUAAUAUUCAUCUUCUAUGGUAAUGUGUAACCUACUAUUUACACUUUAAAUAAAUUUAAAUUUAUUUAAUCGAGGUUGGGGAAGUGGCAGAGAAAACAAAGUAUUGGACUUAACAGCACUCUCACAUCCCCCACCACCCCCAAACCCCUCAAUUUUCCUUGAAGAAUAUUCACUGUCAUUUUGUUCCCUGCCAACUUGUGGAAUUUUUCUGGAUAUAAUUGCGAUUUUGCUGAAGCAAUGCUGUUAGGUCACAGAAUUUUCCUGUAAUAACAUGCAGAACAUGAAAUGUAAUUUUUGUGUGAAAACAUUAAUCUCUGUGUGAAGUCAUACAACAAUAGAUUAACAAAGAUAUCCAGGCAUGUAGCAAUCCAUCAGGAAACUAUAGAUGAGAAUAUUUCUUGACCUAGCUUGCUAAAUCCAAACCUGCUGGUUUUCUAGAGAGUUGAAUCGAGGAGUUUGGAAUCAAAUAAAACUGAAACCAUUCAUGUUCAAUCUUGCUGUUUAUUUUCUAUGAACACAAGAUAAAUAUGGUUUACUGCUGUAUAUAAAUUUUCCCCUUGCCUUUUACUUUUAAAACAUGCUGUUUACAAUGUUUUUAAUCUUAACAUUACAUAAACCCUCAACCAGGUUACCAUCAGUGUCAAACAGCAAAAACUCUUAAUAACUUUGUACCUAAUGUAUUCACUGUUUUACAAUUGUUGUAUACUAAAAUAUGCACAGAAGGGGUAGUAAUAAAAUAAUACAGUUAAAAUGUGUUAUUUGAAGACUACUUCACCAUUUCUAAAUAUAAGAACUUUUCAAGCUUGCCCUGUUAUUUAUAUACACUAGUACAAAAUAAUUUCAUAUCUAGGUGUUCUAGAUUGCAUGUUGCUGUGUACAGUAAUGUGUGAGAAUUUCAAUAAGCUCAAUGCCGAGAUUUUUUUUAAUCCUCUGACUCCACUGUUGAGGGAAAAACUGUAGAUUGAUUCAAUGUAGCCAUAUCUGCAAUUGCUAGUUUGAUCAAAAUCAAUAAAUUUUUUACCUCAGGACAAAAGACAA